CGGCGGGGGAGCCUCCAUGCUGAACGUGACAUCCUUGAAGCCUUCCCGGCUCCACGAAUGCCUGGCAGAGCUCUGGCCCCCAGUCCCCUAUGAGUUCAUCAGUACAGCGUUCUGCUUCGCCCCAGGCAUUUAGCCCCGAUCACAAGAACAGCAUCAUUAGGAGGCAGAGACAGGAGCUCAAGCUUUUAAUUUCAGAACUGAAAGAUCGUGACAAGGAGCUCAAUGACAUGGUGGAAGUGCACGAGAGACACAUCCAGGCCUGGGAAGAUGAUCGCCAAAAAAUACUGACUUUAGCAGAACGAUGCAGCGCGUUAACUAGUGAGCUGAACGAGAGAAAUGCCAUUAUAAAAUCACUGACCAAAAAGUUAAAGUUAUUGGAAUCCCAGCAUAAUGACAGUAAGAUAACACUCGAAAGCACACAACAGAAGUUUAAAGAGCUCACUCAAAAAGUCACAGAUUCAUCUGUUCACUGCCAGGCUCUGGAGGAGAAAAAUCAGAGUCUCCACUGCUCAGUUUUGGAACUGUCUGCUAAAACAGGCCAGCUGCAGGCCAGGGAGCAGGAGCUUCUCUCUAUGCUUCAGAUGAAGGACAAGGCCUUAAUUGAAACAACUGAUCAGAUUACUGAGGUUACAUCUAAGUUUAAAACCCUGGAGAAUGCCCUGCGUACAGCAAAGUUGGAUGAAUUCACUCGCAACAGGGAGCACCAGGACCUCAAGGUGACACUCAACGAUGUCAUGAGCCAAGUAAAUAAGAUGAAAGACAUCCUCUCUGAAAAGAUGAAAGAGAGCAGCAAGAACCAGGAAGAAAUCAGUCACCUGAAACAAGAAAAUGGCUGCUUGAGGAGUGAGCUCAUCCUGGCAGUGGAAGAAGCCCAGAGGAAGGAUCAACUUUUUCAGUUUGCCAAGUCGAAGCAAGUGCGGAUUGAGAGGGAAUUGUCCAGUUUGCGACAGGUCUGUGUGAAACAGCAGCGGGACUUGCACUUCCUCCAUGUCAACUUUGAUAGCUCUCAGGAAUCCAGGCAAAAACUUGAAAAUGCAUCGAGUGGAAAGAGCUCAGGGGCCACAUUCUCUGCCUCUGAAAGCCCCAGCAGCAAGACAGACAAGGGUAGGACUGAGGGCAGCCACGGGAUGUGCGAGGAGUGUGGAACUGCACCAGUUCCAGCAAGUAGGGUAAAAUCCACCCCUGAGAUGUGUGAAGUAGAUAAUAGACAGUUACUGAAUGCUUCAGACUUGGAAACUGCCUCAGCGUUGUUAAACCACUGUCAAAAGGCUGUGAAAGGCUUGGCCCUGCCUGUGGAAGAAGGAGAAAAGCAGGAUGUUACGUCAAGCUUUGAUGAGCUAGACAGUGAAAAAUUUCAUGAGGUAAACAACACGAGGCCAUUGAGAAACAGGGAAAUUGGAGAGAAUGAAGUGAAAAGCAGAGACCAAAAAACCUUUGAGGUGUCUUUGCCUUCGUAUGAUCGUUGGCUUAAAAUCAAAUCUCGUGUAGAUUUGCAAAGCACUUUAAUCCAGAGCAGCACCACGUCUGACAAAACUGAUAAUGGAAACAAAACCUGGGAAGAGAGAUCUGACACUGAGUCUGGCCAAAAGAGCACAGAGACUGCUGCCACUUGCAAGUCUGACUCUGAGUCCAGUAUUAGUAACUUCAUUUUAAUUAAAGACACACAGUGGAAGCCACUCUCAGAUCUGGAAUGGCUGGAGAUUUUCAAGCCCAAAAAGAGAGAUGGAAAUACAAGCCGUGGAAGAGAUUACAGCUGUUUGGAGACUGCACAAGAGAUAAAAUGUACCUGCUCACAAAGGUUAUGAGUUUGUUGCCUUUA